GUCUGAGUGCACGCAGCACAGAUAGCCAUUGUUGUCGAUCAAGCCAAAGCGCAUCUUUUAGCGCGAGGCGAGAGCAGAAAACGGUUCGACGGCGCCUUGACAGGCAGGGAGCCCCGGACAGCGCGUUAGCCAUGGCCUCCCUUCCAAGAAGUGUGAUGUUAGUGUUGUUUCUAGCUUUAUGGACCCUGGCGCAAGGCCAAACAACUCCUGUUACUUGUCCGACAUUCCCUCCGCCGGACGAAUGUCGCCCGGAUCCGGACGACGAGUGUAAAAACGAUUCGCAGUGUUUGACGCUGUACCCUGGAUUGGGUCUGAAAUGCUGCAAAAAGGGUUGUGACUUCCGCUGCGUCGCCCCUGUGCGUGAUCCAGCACCCACCGUAAGACCAACUACCACGGCCGUUUGUAGAGAUCUGUUCACCAAACGCUCGUGUGAGCCAUACAAGGGAUACUGCAACGGUCGGUACAAGGAGAACUUGAAGUACUGGUGCUCGAAAACCUGUGGCUUCUGCUGAAAGGUGAUCAAAGUGUUACACAAAAGUUUGAUUCUGCGCUAUUGCGAUGUGUAUAAAAAAAAAUAAUGAAUGCCUAAAAGUC